GCCCAUCCCAAAAUGAUUUUUAAUUAUGAAUAAGAGCGGGUAGCAGCAGAAUAUAGAAGCACGAGUAGAGUACUGAGCACGAGUUGAAGAAGCACUGUGAAAUACAAUACAACAAAUGAAUAGUAUCUGAAAAGAGAAAACGAAGAAGAAAAGCAACGAUGAGUACGGUCGAUAAGAUGCUGAUCAAAGGCAUCCGUAGUUUCGACCCUGAGAACAAAAACGUCAUCACCUUCUUCAAACCCUUAACCCUAAUCGUCGGUCCCAACGGUGCCGGAAAAACUACUAUCAUAGAAUGCUUGAAGCUUUCAUGCACUGGUGAAUUGCCACCAAAUGCUAGGUCUGGCCACAGCUUCAUUCAUGAUCCUAAGGUUUCCGGUGAAACGGAAACCAAGGGACAGAUUAAGCUCCGGUUUAAAACCGCCGCCGGUAGAGACGUGGUUUGCAUAAGGUCGUUUCAACUCACUCAAAAAGCAUCUAAGAUGGAAUACAAAGCAAUUGAAAGUGUGCUUCAAACUAUUAAUCCUCAUUCGGGCGAGAAAGUUUGCCUUAGCUAUAGAUGUGCUGACAUGGAUAGAGAGAUUCCUGCACUGAUGGGUGUUUCAAAGGCCAUUUUGGAAAAUGUUAUAUUCGUUCAUCAAGAUGAAGCUAAUUGGCCGCUUCAGGAUCCUUCCACGUUGAAAAAGAAGUUUGAUGAUAUCUUUUCGGCAACUCGAUACACAAAGGCACUGGAGGUUAUAAAGAAACUUCACAAGGAUCAAGCUCAAGAGAUAAAGACUUACAAGCUGAAACUGGAAAACCUUCAAACUUUGAAAGACGCGGCUUAUACGCUUCGGGAAAGCAUAACACAUGAUCAAAAGAAAACAGAAUCUCUAAAAGAUCAGAUACAGCAGUUGGGUGGAAGCAUUAAAGAUUUGGACACUAAAAUUGAUCAUGCGGAAAAAACAUUGAAACACUUGCGGAAUCUAAAGGAGCAAAUAAAUGCUAAAACUACAGAACGAAGCACUCUUUUUAAGGAACAACAGGAUAAACAUUCCGCUCUUGAUGAGGAGUAUGAAGAAUCUGAUGAAGAGUUGAUGGAAAUGAAGACCAACUUUGAUGAAAAGAUUGCAAUUGCUAGAACACAAAUAAACAAAUUGGAAAGAGAGAAGAAAGACAUUAGCACAAAAAGUGAUUGCCUUAAGAACACAGUCAAUGAGUCCAUCUGGGAGAUCAGCAAGCUACAAACUGAAGCAGAAGCUCACAUGUCUUUGAAGAAGGAACGAGAUACUUGCAUUCAAAAUAUUUUUGCCAGGUAUAACUUAGGUUCUCUUCCGAAGCCACCCUUCAGUGCUGAAGAUGCUUUGAACCUCACCAAUCGUGUAAAAUCAAGGUUGGGGGAUCUUGAGAAGGAUCUUGACGAUAAAAAGAAAGCAAAUAACACUGAACUCCAGAUGGCAUGGGAUUGCUACUUGAGUGCAAAUGAAAGUUGGCAAAAUACUGAGGCUAAAAUACAAACUAAGAGAGAGAUCAAGGUUGAUAUUAUAAAGCGCAUUGAAGAGAAGAAAAAUAAGCUUGAUUCAUUUGAACAUCAAAUAUCUAAUAUAAAUUUUUCUCAGUUAGAUGAGAGAGAAAGAGACUUGCAAAUUCGGCUGGAGAGGAUGAUCAAGCAACACGAGGAAAGCAAAUUUGAACAAAAGAAAAGUCAAAAUGAAAUUGAAGUCCAUAAUGUGGAGCAAAAGAUUAAAGCUGUCAAUCGAGAGUUGGUUACCAUGGCUAGUGAUUCAUCGGACAGAGAGAAACUAUCUGUUUUGAAGGGAGGCUUGGAGAAGAAGAAGAAGCAACAUAAAAAGAUAAUUGAUGACCAAAAAGAUAAAAUAAGAAGGGUGCUAAAAGGGAGGAUUCCUAGCGAUAAGGACUUGAAGAAGGAAAUAACACAAUCAUCAAGGGCUGUUGUAGCUGAAUAUGAUGAGCUGAAUGCUAAGUAUCGGGAACUUGACAAGGAAGUAAAUGUUUUGCAGAUGAAAAUACAAGAAGUAGACAAUAGUCUUUCUAAACACCACAAGGAUAUGGAAUCAAGAAAGAGAUUUAUUGAAUCCAAGCUUCAGUCUUUGGAUCAGCAUUGUUCCGGAAUUGAUUCUUAUCUCAAAGCUUUAGAGUCUGCCAAGGAGAAGAGAGAUGUACAGAAAAGCAAAUAUAACAUUGCCGAUGGUAUGCGACAAAUGUUUGAUCCUUUCGAAAGGGUUGCCAGAGCCCAUCAUUUUUGCCCUUGCUGUGAGCGUUCUUUCUCGGUAGAAGAAGAAGACAGUUUUGUCAAGAAGCAAAGAGUGAAGGCUGCUAGUUCAGCUGAACAUAUGAAAGCUCUCGCUGUGGAGUCCUCCAGUGCAGACUCUGAUUAUCAGCAGUUGGACAAGCUUCGUAUGUGGUACGAAGAAUAUGUUAAACUUGGCAAGGAGACAAUCCCUAAUGCUGAAAAGGAACUCCAGCAAGGGAAGGAGGAGCUGGAUCACAAAUCCCAGGCACUUGAUGAUCUUUUAGGUAUUUUAGCUCAAGUAAAGACCGAGAAGGAUUUGGUUGACAUAGUGGUGCAGCAUGUUGAAAAUGCUGAUCGACUUUUCCAAGAAAUUCAAACUUUGCAGUCAGAUGUUGAGGAUUUAGAAAGUAGGCUUGAUUGUGGAGGACUAGGUGUAAGGACUCUAGAAGAAAUUCAAUCUGAGCUCACUGCAUUGCAGGGAACAAAGGACAAUUUGCAUACCGAGAUGAGGAAAAUGAUGGAUGACGACAGCUAUAUGAAGAAGGAUAUAUUAAAUUUCACGAACCGGUUGAACCAUGCAACGAAUGAUAAAAAUAAAGCAGCUACCAAAUUGCAAGAAGUUAAAAGAUUAGAAGAAGAUUUGGAACACUUAACUGAAGAAAUGACCCAAGUUGAUCUUGAUGAGAAGAGUCUGCUAGAAGCUGUUGGACCUUUAUGCAAGCGCAAGGAUAAAUUAGUUGCUGAUUAUGAUGAACUAAAAAGUAGACUUGACAACGAGCAUGAGAAUUUGGUUGGUAAAAUGAGAAUUUAUCAGCAAGAAGCCGAAUAUGUUUUUAGAAUGACUUCUAAGAUCAAAGAGUACUCUGAAUUAAUGAAAGGAGACAGGUUGAAGGAGCUGCAGGAAAAGAAAUCUCUGUCAGAAUCUCAACUGCAAAGUUGUGAAACCAGGAUGCAGAAAAUUAUAGAAGAACUAGACAAAAAGAAAGAAUUGAUGAGAAAUGCUGAUCCGCUUAGAAGAAUAAUUGAAGACAACAUAAAUUACAGAAAAACAAAGGCUCAAGUUGAUAAGCUAUUACAUGAAAUUGAAACACUUGAAGAAAGUAUGUUGAAGGUUGGUGUAUUUGACACAAUUGAAAAGGAACUCCAGAAAUUAUCCAAGGAGAGGGAGAGGCUUCUUGAGGAGUCAAACAGGUGCAAAGGAACAAUGGAUGUUUACCAGAGCAAUAUUUCCAAAAAUAAGAUUGAUCUUAAGCAGGCCCAAUACAAAGACAUAGAUAAGCGAUACUUUGACCAGCUUAUCCAGCUUAAGACAACUGAAAUGGCAAACAAGGACUUGGACAGAUACUACAAUGCACUUGACAAAGCACUGAUGCGUUUCCACACCAUGAAAAUGGAAGAAAUCAACAAAAUUAUAAGGGAGUUGUGGCAACAGACUUAUAGAGGACAAGAUAUUGACUGCAUUAGUAUUCAUUCUGAUUCUGAAGGUGGUGGCACCCGUUCCUACAGUUAUAAGGUUCUCAUGCAGACUGGUGAUGCUGAAUUGGAAAUGAGAGGAAGAUGUAGUGCAGGUCAGAAGGUACUGGCAUCUCUUAUCAUACGGUUGGCUUUAGCUGAAACGUUUUGCCUCAAUUGUGGAAUUCUUGCAUUGGAUGAACCAACAACAAAUUUGGAUGGACCAAAUGCUGAAAGUCUGGCUGCUGCUAUCCUAAGGAUCAUGGAGGACAGGAAAGGCCAGGAAAAUUUUCAGCUGAUUGUAAUUACUCAUGAUGAGCGUUUUGCUCAACUGAUUGGUCAGCGCCAGCAUGCAGAGAGAUAUUAUCGAGUCGCAAAAGAUGAUCAUCAGCACAGUAUAAUCGAAUCACAGGAGAUAUUUGACUGAAGCAUGAAUUUUAUUUAGUUACUCUUUUGAAGUGACUUGUUGGAGGAUUGACAUAUCUGUAAAACCAGCGCAGACUCCGAAGAUUAGAUGUUCCAGUUAAUUAAAAGAUCGACACUUGUUGUAGAUUUCCAUUUGUACGCUAAUUUCUGACUGUAAGCUUGUUUAUGUUUUGGCUUUUCAUCCUGUGGCCAAAUUGAAGUUUUAAAAUUAGAACUGUGUAAAAAGUAAAAACCAACAGGAGAAUAUGCAGAAGAGAGAUUUUACUGGCCACUUUAUUUUCAUGCCAUCAGUACGAUGAGAGUUGAGAAUAUCAAGUUUGUUAACCCCAUAGUUGAGAUGAAAAGUCUAUCUCUUCACCCUUGGAUCUGAUGUGUUUUUAUGUAAUUGCUUUAUUGGUCUCAUUGAUUCCUAA